UCGCUUCAGACGCAUGACGUGCGGGUGUAUGCUCGACGUCUAACUCCUGCGCGCCUUGCUGGUUUUGAGACUGGAGUGGAGUCAGACGGAAGAUAAAGACUAUGAUGAAGAAGCCGACUUGUUUGUUACUCCCUGUAAGGAGGCCGUUGUACUGUAAACAGCAGGCAGUGAGGAGCUGCUGGCGGGCUAGCGGAACGCAACAGCUGGACUCUAGGCAGACCCGCUAUGAAGCGGUGUCUUCCCUUCUCCAGGCUCACGGUUUCGGUUCAGCGUGCCGCCACCGCUGCUUUACCAAAACCGCACACAGUCAGGAUGUCAUAACGCCACUGUCAUUGCACAGCCCGGUAGCAAGAGAGUUCAGUACAUCAGCAGCACUCCUGCAGUAUGGCUUAAGGAAAGUGGACAUCCCUCCACCUGAAUCCAGCAAGUUCUACUUUGAUACCCAUGCAGUUGUACGGCUUCUUGAAGACCAAGGAUUGUCCACUUCACAGGCUGAAGUAAUUGUCGCUUCUUUAAUUCAAAUUCUGAAGUCCUUCGUGGAGCUAGUGCACAAAGAUAUGGUGACCAAAGUCCAGCAGGAAAUUAUGCUUCAACAAGUAAUGUCUCAUAUAGCUUCUGUUAAAAAAGACAUGGUUAUCCUCGAGAAAAGUGAGUUCACAGCUCUGCGAGCAGAAAAUGAGAAGGUGAAGAUUGAACUUCAGCAGCUGAAGACGCAGCUAGCAGACGAAAUGAACAAAGUGCGUUCUGAUGCCAUUAUGGAUAUGAAUUUGGAAAAGAGCAGAGUCAAAGAAAUGUAUGCUGAACAUGAAAAGAAUCUUCUGGAAAGAAGAAGUGAAAUUGUUGAGCUGCAUGCAGAACAAGACAAAGCUGUAACACAAACAAUCAGAAAAAUUGACACAGAAGUAGCAGGUCUGAAAACCAUGCUGGAAUCCCAUAAACUGGAUACGAUAAAAUAUCUUGCAGGUUCCGUGUUCACAUGUUUGACUGUUGCACUCGGAUUCUACCGCCUUUGGAUUUAAGAGUCGUGAUGGGAUCCUGUGGCCUGUGGUGCCUCAAACAUACACCUUCCUGAUUUUGAUUUUUAAAAUCCGAGUUAUGAUUGUAAAUGAUGUUAUUCUGCGGCUGCCAUUUAUACUUACUGUUUGCCAGUAUUAUUUAUUUGCUGUAGAUGUGCACAUCUUCUCUGUCCAUUGAGUAACAGGAUUAACAAAAUACGUACAAACAUUUCUUUAGGUGGAAAUGUCACCGUCGACCUUAAAUACCAUUCCGUGCCUUAAAAAUUGUUGACUUUUUUUUUCCCCAUCAGUCAUUAAUUAUGGGAUUUUUGUGGCUGUGCUUUGUUAUUUUUAUACAUUUUGUCCGGUUUUAAGAUUACUGUUUAUAUUACAUUGUGCCUCGUGCACGGUGGGCUGUGGACCCGCUGCCACCCCGACUUGAGGAAUGUCUCAGUUUGUUACGGUAAAUUAAAAAUCUACUCCAAAAGGAGGCAAAGUCUGCCCCCUGCUGGCGAGGACUUCUAAAUAACGCUCUGCAUCGCGCUGGUGGUUGUUAAUAAUUCUUUCCAUUUAUAUAGCGCUUUACGGAGUGAGUGGGGAGCCACUUCAAACCCUACUCAUGUGCAGCAUCUAAUUGGAUGAUGUGAUGGUAGCCAUUUAUUUGAGUCCCACCGUAGUGCUGACUUAAAAUAAAUAAAAAUAAAAAAUGGUCCCUUGGGAAUUUGCACAUUUUAUUUUUAUGCAACAAAGGAUCACAAGUGGGCUUAAGUUAGCUUUUUUUAAAACAUCGAUAGAAUGAGACUGAUGUCAAAUUGAAACCCAGUCCUUGCAAAGUGGUCUACGUUAACCCUUUAAACUUGGCCCCAUUCUUUUGGAUGCUGGCGGGACCGAACAAAAAUGUAAUUUGAUUUUAAUGGCAUAAAAUCCAUUCAUUUUCUUAUUGUUAUAAUUCAAGUACAGUGUUUUUUGCCUUUAAUUUAAUGCCAAAGUGAAAACUGAUCGCUGCACAUUGGUCUGAAUUCUAAAUAUAAAACACUGAAUGAUGGUGCAAGUCUUCAGCCUCUUCAAGUGAGCAUUUAGCAGAUGCACGUUGGGCAGCCAUGACAGCCUUGAGUGUCCACAGGCCUUGCACAUCUGACAUUUUCUCCUCCUUUCCUUUUUGCAAAACCAAGGGUCUUGCUGCUUGUGGGUGAACAGGCUUUAAUAAUAAUAAUAUUAAUCCGUUUUAUUUCUAUAGCGCCUUUCCCAUGCCCUAAUUCCUUUGUGCAGUCUUACCACAAAUUGUCGACUCGAUUGCGACCUGCUCACAUCGCUGUUUUGAAGCUGCUCUUUGGCCUUAUGGUUGAGCUCGUUGUCUGAUUAACUAACUGUUGGCAGGUAGCAUGGGGCCGUCUGCUAUCCCCGGGUAUUGUGAGUGGCAGAAAAAGAAAUCAAGCAAUGGGCACAAUAAAAGCAAGCUGAUGUUUAAACAUAAAAAAGGUUUCUUUUAUUCAUUCACAAGGAUAGUUGGUAAAGUAAAGAAUAUACACGGUGACAAGAAAAAUGAUAUUCAAAAAUACACUUAAGUCCCAUGAAUUACAUACAUGUGGGUAUCCCAAAAUCGAAACCACACACUAAAAAUGAACCCACACUGUGUCACUGCCUUACCCACCGAAAAGUAGGGAACAAAUAGCAGCCCUUCAGUUACCAAUGGCUUACGUCAGCCCCACGUCUAAAUUAAUAAAACUCAAAGAGUCUAACUUGGCCCAUAGGAGUAACUCUACAGCCAAUCACUGAGCCGCCCCACUGCUAAUACUCUGCCGGGUUCUGCUCUCCUCAGUAGAUCCAUCCAUCAUUCUCUACUACUUCUUCUGUUGUCUUUUUAUGGCAGUUGGCAGACCCACCUAUGGCACAUUACUGCCACCUACUGGACUGGAGUGUAGUGCAGAAUAUGAAGAAAAAAAAAAAAUAAACUUCAGUUUAGGACUCAAACUAACGUACCCCCCUAAAGCUCUACAGGUUUUAAAUAAUGAAGAAUUGCCAAAUGACACACGCUACGAAUACUUUCAUAACUAAUCGGAUCUUUCAAAAGUAAAACCGUUAACCUGCAUUGCUUGAAUUGCUGCCUGAAGUUGUUUCCUUUCCUCUUUGUUCGCUUCACAGUGAAAUAUGAUUUAUUCUACCGUUUCUUGCUGGUCACACUGCCUACAAAACCCAGAGGUUUUCCUAUUCGAUAGAGUGGAUUAUUCAGCAGUUCUUGCCCAGUUCUUCAUAGAUAGAUAGAUAGAUAGAUAUGAAAGGCACUAUAUAAUAGACUAGCAAAA